UGAAGGUAAGAUAUUUUCUUGCCCGUGAACAAAGCCACGACGUCGUUUUAAAGCAUCCCAUUUUCACUUUUUCCUUACAAUAUUUGUUCUGAUUUUUUUGGCCGGUGAGGUAAGCAUAAUAGUUCAAUGGAUAUAGCCGGUUUGAUGCUGUCGUGUGGCUGACUCACCCGGCGUUCUAAAGCUAGAAAUUGAGGAGAAGAUGUGGAAAUUGAGUUUGUAAAAAGCAAUUGUUUUGGCGAAAAUUUGGAUAUUUAAGGGGCCUGUGUGCAAAUUUGAACUUAAUGCUAAUGGGCUCCUCAAUCUGAACUAAAUAUCUCGCUCGAUUUUGGGUUCAGAUUCUUUAGCUGUUCUUGUUUCUGCAUUUUUACUUUGUUAAAAAGGGUUUUUGUGUCUGAUUUCUACUUUUUGGGUGGAAUUCGUGAAAUUUUGAGGCUUUUGCAGAAAUAUUCAGAUCAUAUAAUGGAGGUUAUUUCUCAUCCACAUGUUGAUGAUGAAUGUAAGUCAGAGAUGGGGUUUGAGAAAUAUGGGCACUGCCACAAUGAUUCAAAGAAUUCUUUAGAUGUCGAUCUUCUGGAGCGCCAUGAUAUCCCGCGUCAUGAAAUAAAAAGGAUCAUCUGCUCUUUGUGUAACACCGAACAAGAUGUCCAGCAAGUGUGCAUUAGUUGUGGCAUUUGUUUGGGGAAAUACUACUGCCCGAAAUGCAAAUUCUUUGAUGAUGAUUAUCUUUUUGAGACGACAAGAGGCAUUGCCGUGUUGCCGUGCGGUCACACUAUACAUUUGGACUGUGUAAAGGAGAUGGAGCGCCAUUUCCAAUAUGCUUGCCCGAUUUGCUCGAAAUCAUAUUGCGAUAUGACCCGUGUCUGGGAAAGGCUUGAUCAGGAGGUUGCUUUGACUCCUAUGCCUCAAAUGUAUCAAAAUAGGAUGGUCUGGAUUUUAUGUAACGACUGUGGGAAAACAUCCGAGGUUAACUAUCACAUUGUGGCCCACAAGUGCAUGAACUGCAAUUCUUACAAUACGAGGCAGACUAGAGAGGCCCACACUACGUGCUUGCCUGGAAUGUCUGAGAUGGUCAGAUGAUUUGAUUCGGCUGGCGAAGUUAAAGCAGCAAAAAUUUCCUAUAUUUUGUGCUGAUUGAUUUGGACUGAUCUGCUUGUAUAGUCAUGUAAGUGUAGUAUGUGUUGGUUUGUAUUUAAGUCUUUUUUAUUGUAUCAGAAAAUGCAGAUUGUGUUGGCAAUAAGAUGGGGUUUUAUUGAGUCCCAGCAUGAAUUUACCAUUUUGAAUAGUUGUUUAGGCUUUUGUAGAGAUGGUGUUUGUUUGGGUGCAUUCUUGAAUGGCAAUAUCAUCUUAAAUUCUUGUUUGCUAGUUGUGAAUGUGAAAUACAUACUCUAGAUUUCAGGUCAAAUAGAGGUAUGAUUAUUGAUUGUUUUAGUGGAUAUCAGAUCAUUUUGGUUGGAUUAAC